AACGAAGAAGACCCGGAAGCAUUCUCCCGGGCUGAGGCUCCUCCCCCUUCCCCUGUGUGCAGCUUCAGGGAGCACGAGCCCCCCCAUCCUGCUGCAGCAACUGGACGGGGAGCAGAGUCUUGUCCAGGACAGGAGACAGAUGCUGGACGGUGAAGACUUGCUGACAGAGAUCACCAAACGAACAUUACGUACAGUCAGUGAGUGCAUUAAUCAGGACCUCGAUAACCAUACACAGAGAAAUGUCCAUUUGUUUUACCUACACCGAAGGUUUAAAUGAUCAGUCUGGACUGGGAAAGCUCGGAGACACAUCCUCCCAUCCCCAAGUAAGGGUCUUCCAGCAAACGGACUCUGGGAAAUAAACCCUUGAAGGUGGGAGCCAGCGUUGAACAGCAUCAGACAGUACCCAGCACGGAGACAGUCCCUGUGCUCUGAGGGGAUUCACCUUCAACUGAUUGUGCAAAACUCCGAUACACAGCAUCACCCCAGAACAUGGAGAAACCCUGGAAGUGUGAGGACUGUGGGAAGGGAUUCCACUCCCUGUCAACCCUGGAAUUUCAUCGCCGUGGUCACAGCAGGGAGAGGCCAUUCACCUGCUCGGAAUGUGGGAAGGAUUUCCCCAAUUCCUCUGCCCUGCGGAAACACCAGCGCUCUGCAACUGGGGAGAGGCCAUUCACCUGCUCGGAAUGUGGGAAGAAAUUCCAUGAAUAUUUCACCCUGGUGAGACACCAGCGAGCUCACACUGGAGAAAACCCGUCCAGCUGCUCGGAGUGUGGCAAGGUAUUCACUCAGUUAUCCAGCCUGCGUGCACACCAGCGAGUGCACACUGGGGAGAGGCCGUUCAGCUGCUCUGUGUGUGGCAAGGGAUUCAUUCAGUUAGCGCACCUCCGCAAACAUGAGCAAAUUCACACCGGGGAGAGACCCUUCAAAUGCUCCAACUGUGAGAAACGGUUCCGAGAUUCAUCUGCCCUCCGUAUACACCGACGAGUGCACACUGGGGAGAGGCCGUUCAGCUGCUCUGUGUGUGGGAAAGGAUUCAUUCAGUCAUCACAUCUCCGCAAACAUGAGCAAACUCACAAGUGAAUACAGGAGUGGGAUCUGCUGUUGAUCAGCAGCAAGCUCUGUGCUACUGGGCAGUAGUUACAAGACCAUCCUCAUCUGCAAUCUCAUUUCCGUUUUGUAUACUGUCCUGAUGUCAAACUACAUUGGCUGUUGGCCCAGUGUCGCUGAGUCAGAAUCCCGGACAUCCCUCUCUCCCAGCAUUGUAGGUGUUCCCGAUACCACAAGGACUGCAGAUACAGAGAGCAGCUCAGCAUCACCUUCUCAACAAGGACAGGGAACGCUGACCUGGACAGUGAGACUGGAGCCCAAGCACUGAUUUUAAACACGAGGGAGUUACCAAUCUGCGACUGAGCCAUAUUCAUUCAGACCGUGGGUGAGGUCACAGGGUCACAGCAGUGCCCACUCUCUCUCACCAUUGGACUUCUAGUCAGCGUGGCGCUGUUCCAGCCUGGCACUGCAUCUUCCCCACACGGGGCAAUGAUCCCCAAAACCUCAGACAGGCCCGCCUCUCCCUGGCCUCUCAGUAAGGGUUUACUUCCUGCUACAAAGCCUGAAAUAAAUCUGAGAGACUGUUCCAUGGCGUCAGCAGCACAGGGCCCAGGGCAGUCGUAUUUAUACUCCAGGUGAGUCUCCACUCUCCUCACUUCAUCUCUCUCCAGCGGUACAUCCUUGUGUCCCUCUCUCCCUCCUGAAUGUGGCUGGGUAUGGGCUCUCUCUC